GGCAUUUUGACAAGGGUAAAAGAAGACAGUGGGAAUGAAACGAAAGAGGAAGAAAGCAUACAGGAAAGACGAGUGGAAGUGGAGGGAAAGGAAUGUAAAUAAAUUAGAAAAUAUUAUAGAUGAAGCGGAGGAGAGGCUAAUAGUGGGGAAGAGGAACACAAGAUAGAAAGUUAAGAGAUAAAGAAUGCAACAGAGGGGGAGUUGUUACUGGAAUUAACGGAAAAGAGAGGUCGGAGAAUAUAAGAUGGAAGCGUGGAGGAAGAUAUGAAUGGGCAAUGCACAUACAUGGGAGAGAGAGGGAGGUCGAUAAUUGAUUACGCACUAUAGUAAACGGAAAAAUGAAGCAAUAGAAGAUUUUAAGGAAGGAGGGCGGAAUCGGAUCAGCAACCGAUGGGAAUAAAGCUAACAGGGAAGAUAAAAAGAGCAAUAAAUGGAAAUAUUCAAAGAAGAAAGGAGAUACAAUUAUGGACAAAAGACGUACACGUUGGGGGAUUAUAGAUGGGAACUAGAAGUGCAAGUAUACGAAAAGAGUGGAAAAAUAUGAAGGAGAGUAUUAAAAAGGCAAUAACAUGGAAACAUACAAAGGAAGAGGUAGGGAGGCAUAAGAGAAAGGAGGGGUGAGACAGAGAGUGUACAAAAGAGAGAAACAGAUACUUAACAAUGAUGGGGAGAGAAAGAAAGGGAGAGAUAGAAGGAGGAGGUUGUGAGAAAAUUGAAAAAAUAGGACAAAAGAAUAUGUAAGGAAAUAAUAAUAACUACCGGCAUAUAGAAUCUACGCGAUGGUAUAAAAACUGAAUGCAAGAUUGGAAAGAGAGAUUUGGAGGAAACGCAAAUGGGCUAAAAGAAAUGUCAAAUGUUUUCAAUGACACAUACAAUUUAUUGAAGUCUCUGGUUUUAGAGAGAGGAGAGAACUCCGACGGCUUCAAAAAGAUUUCCAAUAUGAAACGCUUUCAGAACUGUUCGUGACUUUCAAAGAUCGUAAAAGAGUGUUAGGGCUUUUAAUGGUCUGAGGCUCCAAAAGACUUUUCUGGACGCUCCCAACACGUUUCCUUGGAAACGGAGGAAAGCAGCUGGAAAGAUUGAAGGCCGGUGAAGAUGGUUAGCUAAGAUGGUAUAGUCUAAAGGUUGUAAAACGAGCCUAAGGAAAAGGCGUUUUUCUUAUCUUCUCUUACACCCUUGACCUGUUUAAAAUGAUUCUGAUUACGUUUUCUUCGCGGUUCCUUCAAGUUUCACUGUUAUAUAUGGCCUUUCCCUGAUCUUUUACGCUUUCUCGACGCUCUUUUUAAGCCUUAUUAACGGCUCUGUUCGCUUCAACAGUUGUCAAGAAUUUCAAGAACUUUUAAAUGCCUUAAGAGCGUGAGAGGUGUCCUUGAGCUUCCAAAGGUUUUAAGGAGCCCCCAAAAGACUGCAACUAUCUUCUAUAAAAGCCUCUAUAUCACUAAACCUAAAACAACUUUUAAGGGUCGCAUGCAGUUUCAACGUCUUGCAAAAACCGCAAAGGAUUUCCAUACUCACUCUCUUCUCACCUUUUGAAAGUAGCCUUUACGAAAGUGUGAAAGACUCUAAUGUCCUGCUAGAGCUAUUCAAACGCCUCCUAAAGGAUCCUAGGCUUUUCUUCAAAUCAACAAUUGCAAUAGUCGCCAACAAGCAUCUUCUGGAGCUGGCAUUUAGGGUCCUUUAAAGGUCAACAGAGUUUAAAAGAACCUUCUUCCACUUUAAAAUUCCUUACGGUUCCUUAACAUUCCUUAACGCGCUUUUAGGAGACACCAUUCAGGAGCGUUUAGAGGGGUUUAAAAGCCAUCAAAGUGCUUUAUGGGUCGCUUAAAGUGUUCCUGAGCAUCUAAGGAUCAUCGGACCCUAACCUUACGUUAACCUAGAAUACAUUUAGGAGACUUUGGAAGGCGCUUUUUGCUUUCUAGUACCUACCAGUGGUUUUUAGGUUCUUUGCAGGUACAGUAGAACCUGAACAAUUCCAUAAAGGACCUACGACGACACUCCCAUUAGGAGAAAGUAGUGGAAGAUACUUCAAAUUUAAGAAAGACGUUAAAAAAGCUCCUGACAGGGUAUAGAAUUCCAGCGGUUGUCUAAGUCCUGUAAGACAUUUAAGGGGCAGGCCCUUCGCGGCUUUCGAGGCCGGUCCAAGUUGUCAAAUGUAGCUCUUUAGUGACGUUUAAUACCUAUUCUGGAAAGUGUGACUGAUUUGUAGACCUUUUCGGCCUUCGAAGAACCGGGUCUCAGUUUUCAGAUUUUCAACAGCAUUCAAAAGACAUAGAGAGGAGAUUUUUUAAAAAUCUUCUUGGGUCAUUAAGAACCUUUUCAACACUUUCUAAACGAUUCAAAGUAUUUACAAUAAUUAAUACUUUAGGAGAUUUGGGCUUCGGAGAAUUUGAAGAACCUCUAAGGCUAACACCAAGGGCCUUUUGGACUUUUUAAUGGUGCCUUCCAAAAACCUGCACGAGCCUAUAAGAAGUUUUUUAAGGGUUUAUAAGCACCUUUAAGAUCCUUUUGAGUCUGCAAGAGACGCCAAAGUCUUUUACAUGCUUUGAGAGCCUUUAAAUAAAGGUCACUAAGGGCGUUCAGAAAUGCUUAAUAAGUUUAUGGGAGUUUGAUGAGCAUUAAAAAUGUUUUGUGGGUUCGUGAAAUUCCCUCCUCUCCAUAAAAUCUGACACACGAAUUGUUGUGAGUCAUUGGGAGCUCUUGAGAUGGUUUUUAAGAAAAUCCUAAUAACCCUAAGAGUCUUUAAACAUGUUACAGAACUUUGAAGGGCCGAAAUCUUUAACAGUUUUAGAGUGCUUAAAGGGCCCCAAGGGUCUCUAAGGGUCUCCUAGAGGCCUUUGGUCCUUAGUUGCAAGAUUUUUCAUUCAACCUCAACAAUUUCAACAAUAGGAAUUUUUUGGUUUGUGAAUUUAUGGCUUUUAAAGAGUUUUGCUAGAAAGGUCUUUAAGAAACUUUAAAGGGUCAUCAAUUGUUUUCUUCCCAAGAAUCUUCAUUCAUCCUGACAGAUAUGAAAGAUGUUAGCAGCAGGUCUUCAGGGAUCUUCGAGAGCCUCUUUAAUUGGAUUCAGUAACAACUUAUCAAAGUCCUUGCGAGCCUUUAAAAUGUUAUGCUUUUACCCUUUAUGGCCUUCGCCAUUCUGAAACCUUGUAUUUAGGUAUGGGCUUGAAGAAUGUUUAAGAGGUAAACCUGUAAGAAGCUCGAUGGACCAUAAGGGGCUUUUAAGAGUGGUAAAUAUUUACGGCACAAAGGAACGUCGAGCAAUUAUUAUUUUUUUAAAUCGCAUUUCAAGUUCACAUCAAGCGGGAAAUGGUAUAAUUAAGGCCACGGCGCGAUUUCGAGCGUAAAUCAGAAUCUAGAGCACAAUGUUAUAUACAUUAAUGAGCUAAUUUAAUGGCAUCCCUUAAGUGCUCACAUACGUAGGUACGUUUCCAAGGAAGCGCUCGCGUAGAAAUUAUUAAAUUAUUCAGUUUCUCCACCUCCAUAAUUAGUUCAAUUGCAAUUUACGGCGGAGGUUCAUUUUUCAAUGUUGCAGAUACAAAUCUCGCCGCCCUUCACACUCGACGUGCGUCCCUGAGCGAUGUGGCCUGAAUUGAUCAGUAGCACAAUGGCAACGACACGUUCCGCCAACGUUUUGGCCGUCUACGCCUUCACCCUCAUCUUAGGACUAUCGGCACAGAUUCACAAAAUGGAUGACGUCGACAACAGAUUGGAGACGGCAUCCGACAGUCCGAAGAACGUAAUUGACUUCGUGCUUUUCUCGAAUCUUCUGCGGAAUUACAGCUUUUACGAUCCCCGUCCAAUGGAAACAAGCUGGGGCAUCAACGUAGCAGUUGAUUACGGUUACGAUGAUUUCAGCGCGAGCAGUUCAUCGCAGGAGGGGCCCCCUGAAGAAGAUUACCGCUACGAAACGCCCACCAAGCUCAACAAGAAGAAAGCGUACGGAAACCGUGACAGAAGGAGCGUCGGUCGGUUACUGAGCCUGAGGAACAAGUACGACGACCCUAAAGUCACAGCUGAGUAUUACGACAAAAAAGGGGGGCAGGAUGAAUAGAGAGGGCCCGAGGAGGAAGCGGUUACGAUGUACAUUGACUUUGACUGCACAGUUUAGAAUUAAAUGUUUCAUGGUUUAUAGUUGCCCUUUUCUGACGCACUUACUUAAUCCC